AUGUCUGAAGGACCUCCCAUGGAGUACGAGCUCGUGGACUUUAUCAAACUGUCCCUGUCCUCUUCUGAUAAUGUUUGGCACUCCCGUCGUUUCGAAGCAGUUGUGGUUCCCAAUUUGUGUUCUGAUAUCCUUCUCGGUGGACCAUUCCUUUCUCACAAUCACCUUGUUCUUGACCAUGAAGACUGUACAUGUAUGGACAAGUCAUGUGGUUAUGACCUAUUGAAUCCUAGAGUUCAUGUUACCCCUCCUCCUCCUCCUCCUUGGGAUUAUAAGCUGUUGCACAACGAUGUUGUUGCAGAGCUGAAGGCUCAAUUGCUUCCCCACCGAGCGGCGGUGGACGCACGUUGCGAACCCUUGAAGGAGUUUAAUAUGGUGGCUGCCGUUCGUGAUCGUAUCGAAAAGCUCGAUGCUGCUAAAACUCUCAAGGCGUUAGACAUUGACUAUACAAGCACCGCUACGCUGACUGUUUCCCAGAUGAUAUCCCACACUUAG